AAAUGGUAAUCUCAAAUUAUUAUUCUACAUAAGGACAUAACAUGGCUUCUCUUCACAGCUCUCUGCUUCAACAUCCAUUUGCCCUUUCCUCUCUGACUCUGCUACUCUUUCUCAUUUCCCUUCCACCAUCCAUCCUUUCACAAGACCCCAGCUCCUCAAGCCCUACCAUUGCUCAAUGCACCACACGGCUUCUUCCACUGGCCUCGUGUGCAUCGUUUGUGCAAGGCACUUCCCAAUCUCCGGCACAAUCAUGUUGUGACAACCUCAAGCUGCUCUAUAGCCAGCAGCCAGACUGCCUUUGCCUUUUGCUCAAUGGCACUACUUUGAGCUCCUUCCCUAUCAACACCACACGUGCUCUUCAGCUGCCUGCUCUCUGCAGCCUUCAAGUUGACAUCUCUGCUUGUUCAGGGGUACAUGUGCCUCCUAGCACACCUAGUUCUCAAGUUUCCUUUGGGACAAACACCAACUCAACUGCUGUUAACUCUACAAUUGCUGCCUCUCCAAUGCCUCAAAAUGCACCAAGACCCAGCAUGAUGGGGUUAGGAUUUGGCAGAACUUCAAGUGCUGGCACCAAAUUGAAGAUGGGCAGUUGCCUCACGGUGGUGGCGCUGGCUAUGGGAGGCCUUCUGGUGACAGGAGUUCCAUUUUCAGUAUGAUCAUACCAGCAGACUAUUCUGUGGAUGGUUUUUUAUGGUGUGUUUAGAGUUUUUUGUUCUUUUUAUAAUUAGAACCAGCCCGAGAUUAUAUUUCACUAUGGUUUUGUUUAAAUGAUACCGGAUCUUCUAUUGAUUUGAAUAAGAACAGUGUUUUACUGUCAAAUUAUGUCCUUCA